AUGGGUAACGUUCGUUACAUUCGAAUUCCAUUUGAUAUUGAUACGCCUACAACAACAACAACAAUAGCAACCAGAUCAGAACGUCCUCUCUCAUCUGUGCAAAGAUUAGUAGCACUGAAUAUUCCUACCAGUUUGCCUCCUCGUGCACCUCAAGAAAUAAAAGCUGAAAACAUCGUACAAUUUAUGAGAGAUGCAUGGAAUUUACAGGUACCAAAUUUAAUUAUUUCCGUUACGGGUGGUGCAAAAUAUUUUAAAUUCACAAAUCCUAGAAUACGCAAUGAUUUUCAACAUGGAUUAGUUGCUGUUGCUCUAACAACACGUAAGCAAAGAUCUGUAAUUUUGGGUAUAAUGAAAGAAGUUGGUGAUGCCAUAGAUAAAUGUCGUUAUAAAAACACUAAAACACCAGCAAAAAUACCAUGUAUUGCGAUUUGCUCUUGGGAUUAUACGACCGAUGUUCAACAAUUAGAACAAAAGACAUUAUGUCAAAUUAAGAAUGAAGACAUAAAACUAUCCGAUCGUGUAAUGUUAUAUCGUACUAGACAUCCAUUAGAAGAUGAAAAACCUGAUAGUGCACCAUUGGAUCCGAAUCAUACACAUUUCAUUAUAUUAGAUGAUCAAUAUGGUACAAAUGAAGACUGGAAAAACAUUCAUCCUGUACGUAGUGAUCUUAUCUUGAAAUUACGUGCUGAAAUUGAACAAGCAGCACGAAAAAUAAAUAGCCAAGGACAAGCUACCAGUGUACCAAUCGUUCAAAUAUUAGCCGAAGGUGGUGCAUCAUCUAUACUAACUGUUUGUAAAGCAGUUAAAUCUGGUACACCAUUAAUUGUUAUUGAACGAACGGGUAGAGCAGCUGAUAUUAUAGCACGCGAAUAUAAAGAUCUUUAUGGUAGUGGAGAAAUGAGAACAUUUGAAGCAUAUACUAAAAUUGCUGCCAGUAGCACCCCAAAAUUUAAUUCCCUUAACACUAAAGAAUUUAAUGUUGAUAAACAAAAAAAGAAUAUUAUUAUCAACCCAAACAAUAAAGAUGAAUUUAUUGAUAUGAUAACAUCAAAAAAUGGUUAUUUUCUUAUAAAUAUCUUUCAGUUUCGUAGAGAAAAUCGGGAAUAUAAAUUGAACGAUGCAAUACUCACGGCACUUUUAAAUGCUGCGAAAAUGACACAGACCGAAAAAAGUAGAAGAAUUGAGGAAUUAAAAUUAGCUAUGGCAUGGAAUAAAUUUGAUUUGGUGAAGAGAAAUAUGUUAAAUGAUAAAAUAAUAACUGAAUGGACAGACAAUGAGUUAGAUCAAGCUUUACAAGAUGCAUUACGUCUUGAUUCUGUACAAUUUACUGAAUUAUUAACUGAAUAUGGUGCAUCGUUUGACAGGUUAAGACGACUAAUAAAAAUGAGUGUAUAUUAUCUAAAUGUGAAAAAUCGAGAACUUUUACCGUUGGAUAAAAAUGGAACUAUUGUAAAUGAUGAUCAACAGUAUCAUUAUUACAGAACAUAUUUGGAUAAAAUGGGCGUAGAAGCAACCGAUGUUGAACAGAAAAAGUUGCUAGCUGCUAAUAGUUAUGGAACAACUGACAGUAACAAAGAACUUUUUAAAAAUCUUGAUAAUAAAGUUGCAUUUUGUACAACGGAUGUCAUUCGUAGAAACGGUUAUGUCGACAAGGUUUCAAUAAACUUUCAUACUGCACCAGAUAUGGCUCCACACAAAGCGGAAAUAUGUCUUUAUGUCAUUUCACCAACAAUUGAACCUGAUAUGUUCAAUAUUCUAUAUCGAUCUCCCUUACCUUCGGAUAUGAUAAAGGCAGAAGGCGGCCUUCAAACGAUUCACCUUUCUGAUUCAAGUCUAUACCUCGAAAUCGGUCAGUUUCUUGCAAUAGAUUUCAAAGAUAAAUCUGGCAGUCCUUCUGCUGUGGAUAGACGUAAAACGACCAUUGCUAGCAUAGAUGAUGUAAAGAACGGAUAUGAAAAUCAACAACCAGUAAAAUUUGGUGAAGAAAGUAAAGGUGUUGCAUUUAGUUUUACUUUGAUACCAGUACAAGCACUUAUUGCAAGUAAAAUAUAUCGAAAAGCUGCUAAUUUAAAACGUGAAUCUGAAGUUACGAAAGAUUUUGUAGAAAAGGAGAGGGAAUUUGAUAAACAUGCAGCAAUCAUAAUCGAUCGGUGUUUCGAUGAAGAUGAAGAUUUUGCUGUACAAAUAUUAACUACAAAAUCAAAAUUAUAUCUUGAUUAUAGUCCAAUUAGAUUAGCUAAAGAAAAUAAUAAUCGUUCUUUUUUAGCAACAAAAACUGUACAAAAAUAUUUAGAUGGUGAAUGGUUUGGUAGAAUUAAUAAUUAUGGACUUAGUCGAGGAACUGUUGGAUUCUUGCUAUUCAUUCUGUGUAUAUGUCCACCACUCAUUCCUUGCCCAUAUUUUUAUAAAUAUAUAAAAUUGAACGAGGAGAAGAAAUUGUCAGAUGAAAAUAAACCAAAUUGGUUUAAACGACAAUAUUAUAAACUGUGCCAAUUUUAUACCGGUCGAGCAAUUGUGCGUUUUUAUUAUAAUAUCCUAUUUUACAUAAUAUUCUUGGCUUUAUUCAGUUUUGUAUUACUUGUCGAUUACUUCCCACUAAAUAUUUACGGUGGCAAACGUAAUGGUUAUUAUAAAAUUUAUAUACCGAUAACGGAGAUAUUUGUUCAUAUCUUAGUUUGGACUUUAAUUGUUGAAGAAAUUAGAGAAGUAUGA